AUGGUGGAGAUUGACUCCGACGCGGGCCAGUCCAAUGGACGGGUCGACAUGUCAAGCCACGAUCUUAGCAUGGCUCGCCGCGAUAACAGCCCCCCGACGCCCUUAUGGUUGUUUGAGGUGUUCCUGCACGUUGAUGACCGCUAUGGGCGAAUCGCCGCCGGCAGUCCCCGCUCCGGGAUCGGCAUCCUUGGGCUCAGACUGCUAGAGCACUACAUCAACCUCAUUCCGACCAUGCGACACGGCGUUGCGGUCCCGAUGUUUGACCAUUCGGCCGGCAACCCCAGGUACCUCGGGUGGCGGCAGAAAGUGGCGACGUGGCCGCUUUCCAAGCAAGAGGCGAUGAGCAAUCGAGUCUUUGUUGUACAAUUGGAGGCGCCGAUUGAGGGUUGUUCGGAGCCACUGGAGGUGCCACGGCCACCUGAUGACUCGUCUCCAGGGGCGUCUAAAAAGAGCGGGUGUGCGUUGGGAGAGAAAGGUCGGAAAGGUCCCUCCUGCAUGCUUGCAACAGGCAGGAGCCGCAGCCGUCAUCCUUUUGCCGCUGCAUGCAUCGAGCCGGGGGCUGCUGGGAUGGCAAACCUUUGUGGGAGACACCAGCUGAUCACCUAA